UCUCGGGGACUUAAGAAACGUCGAGAUGUGUGAACCGACCUGACUGUUCAUAACAGAGAAUACCAUAUUUUCAUUCAAUAACUUAUAGAUACGCCAACUUCUGGUCAAACUCAGUCAAGGUCAGUUUAACUUAGCCCAAAGCAGUUCCGGCAACCGAGUUUGCGCGAAGCAUUCUACCAUACUUGUGUGUCGCAAUCGUGGCAAAGCCACCGAGCACCACAUCCCAGGACAAUCAGCAUUCAGUUUUCUGCCGCAGCUUUGGGUCGCAUCACGAUAACUUCAUCAGUCGACGCUUGUCUAAUAACCGGCAGGCCUCAUACGGCGCGGCGCGCCAUGGAUGCCGUCGCUUAUCAAUACAGGCCGCCGAAGCCAAACUACCUCCCCCACUUGGCGAACGAUGUCGAUGAGCCUAUCGUGGAGGAGUACAACAUCCCGAUGGGCAAGGCCGAUGACCGGGAAAAUGCCAUCUUCUUCAACAAGAUGAAGUUUGCGGCCCAGGAGUACGGCAUCGUCCGGCCCAAGGGCUACACAGUCUCGUUCCACGCCGCGCCCGAGAUGGAGAAGCAUCACUUCGGCCAGACCCAUCCCAUGAAACCAUGGCGUCUGACGCUGACAAAAAGCCUCGUCACAUCUUAUGGCAUGCCUUUUGCCAUGGAUAACUAUCUAUCGCGCGCGGCCACAUACGAGGAGCUCAAUGCUUUCCAUUCCAACGAGUACCUCGAUUACCUGGCAACCGCCGAGCCCGAAGACCAGCCUCGGGAUAUAGACAACCCGGACAAGGAAGUUAAGUUCAACCUUGGCGGGAGUGACUGCCCACUCUUCUACGGACUCUACAACUACUGCUCCAUGUCAGCGGGCUGUUCGCUAGAUGCGGCACGCAAGAUCUGCAACAAUCAGGCCGACAUCGCCGUCGCCUGGGGCGGUGGCUUGCAUCACGCCAAAAAGUCAGAGGCCUCAGGCUUCUGCUACAUUAACGACAUUGUCCUCGCCAUUCUACAGCUUUUGCGAAUUUACCCGCGGGUGCUAUACAUCGACAUCGACGUGCACCACGGUGAUGGGGUUGAGGAGGCCUUCUUCUCGACUGACAGGGUCAUGACUGUCUCCUUCCACAAGUACCAGCCCGAGGUGUUCUUUCCCGGCACAGGUAGCCUGGACGACAACGGGCCCAAAAGCGAGCACAACCCAGGCGCGCACCACGCCAUCAAUGUGCCCCUUAACGACGGCAUCACUGACGAGCAGUACGAAGCCCUCUUCAAGAACAUCAUUGGCGCCAUCAACGAGCGAUACCGUCCCUCGGCCAUAGCUCUCCAAUGCGGCGCCGACUCGCUGGCGGGCGAUCGGCUCGGUCGCUUCAAUUUACGGGUACAGGGCCACGGGGCCUGCGUGAAGUACUGCAAGAGUCUCGGCCUGCCCAUGAUCCUCUUUGGCGGCGGCGGCUACACGCCGCGCAACGUGGCGCGCGCGUGGGCGUACGAGACGUCCAUCGCAAUCGGCGCGGACACGCGUAUCCCCGAAACCAUACCGGAGCAUGCGCCCUGGCGUGAACACUUUAUUCACGACACGCUAUUCCCGACGCUCGAGCAGAGCAUGAAUGAGCCGCGCCACAACCGCAAUUCGGACAAGCGGCUGCGCGAGAUUGUCGCCCAUGUGCACGAGCAGCUGCGCUUUGUCGAGCAUGCGCCAAGCGUCCAAAGCCAGAUCAUCCCGCCCAACCUUGGCCCCAUCAGAGAUGAGGUCGAGGAGCGGCUGAAGGAAGAGAAUGAGGAGAGGACUGAGGACAAGAGCGACGGGAUGAGAAAGAUUAGGGAAGAAGGGAUAGGAGAAGCUAUGGAGUUCUAAGGCCGAUUUCUGUCAUGUCUGGAAUUCUGGAUACGGCCUAUGAUAUGACCUUGGAUGUAUACAAGUACCUAGUGAGCCCAACUCUAGGAUGCGUUGUGUCGCAGGUCCCAUCAUCAAUCCAAAUCGAUGCUAGACUCGCAGUGAAUGGCAAAUCGUAAGACCUCUCGUCCUCGUUUGAAAUUCAUAUAGAAUGUCGAGAAUGUGUAUUGUAUGUACUCCGUAGCCGCAUGUCGGGAGUUGGGACAGGCCAAAUAAACUACGAGAC